UUAUUCAAAAUUGGACCAACUUUAAAGGUUUGCCAUUAUCAUUUUUAUUCUGACCAGAAAUUUUGAAUAAAUUCAUUACGGUUGACCAUAACGUAGUGCUCCGAUGAUUAUCUUUGCAGUAUGGGGUGGAGAUCCUGUGUAUCCAACUGUGAACUACAUUCAAGAUCCAGAUGAAGUGAUUGAUUACAGGGGUCCAGAUUUUCAUGAACCAACACCAGAUAUGCUUGCUUAUCUGAAGGAGCAUGGAAAAAUCAUAUCACGAGAACAGCUUAAUAUGCUUCUUUCAAAAGAGAAGACUGAAGAACUUGAGAUGACUGAUAUGGAUGACGCGAUAGCACGAGCUGUUGACAUUGGUGAAAAGGAGGAGGAAGGAGAAGAUAGUGAGGCUGAAGGCGAUGAAGAACAGGAGAAAAUUUCGCGAAAUUGGAGCGUUCUGAAGAGUACUCCACAGCUUCGAAAGUCAAAGCUACAGGCUAAGCCCAAGAAGGACGAUCCCAUGUCUCUUGAUGAGGCUAUAGACGAUUCGGAGAACUUGACUGAUUUUCUUUUAGAUUUCGAAGAAGAAGAGUGAUGCUUACAGCCAAGAUGAUUCAUUUAAAUGAUUUUCUUUUAGACUUUAUUAUUCUUGCUAAAAAACAAUUGGGUUAAUGUGAGCAAGCCAAGUUCAUAAUUAUAAAGCUAGUUGUUGUUGUGUAAAUUGUCUAGUAGAAAAGGUUUAUUAUAAUUUUUUACAAUGAUGUUAUAACUUGUAGCACCGCA